AUGGUGGUUGAGUACGAUUUGGAUGCCGUUGAUCGACUACAAGAGGAGUUUGAAGUAAUUGCUUUUGGUCUCUUUCGAAAUGGUCGGUUGUCUGGAAGCGAAGCUGUCAAGGAUCGCCGUGUGCGGGCCUGGUGUGGAGUGUCUUUGACUGUCUUGUCCAUCACAUGGUAUCUUUUGGAGUCCUUCGGCGGUCUCAAGGAAGGGGCCACGAUGGAACGAUUCUUGUGGGCUCUCAACAUGCUACAGCAGUAUCCCACCGAGGAAAACGGAGCAUCUCGAUGUGGAGGAGUGGAUGAGGGGACUUGGUCAACCUGGGUGUGGUACUUUAUUGAUGAGGUCUCUUAUUUGGAAAAUGAUGUGAUUCUUUGGGUGAACAGAUUCAUUGGCGACGUCGGCAAUGACUGUUUGUUGUCAGCUGAUGGUGUGGACUUUUUGACUCGUGGACGGAAGCUUGACAGUGGCCAGCCUGAUAAGGACUAUUUCUCCCAGAAAUUCAACAAACCUGCCUACCGCUAUGAGAUUGCUACAAACAUUCGUUCCUCCUAUAUCUGCUGGAUUGCGGGACCCUACCUUCCUGGUGUGUACAAUGACCUUCAGAUCUUCCGAAUGGGACUACGCGACAAAUUGGAUGUGGGUGAGAAAGUGGAAGCUGACGAUGGCUACAUUGCCGAACGGGAGAAGUGCAAGUGCCCCCAUUCUAUGCGCACUCGAGAGGACCAGCGUCGCAUGCGUGGACGGCUUCGCAUGCGACAGGAGAAGCUCAACCGACUGCUCAAGAAUUUCCAUACCCUGGAUGUGCCCUUCCGCCAUGGGGCUUCCAAGCAUGGUUCCUGCGUCCGUGCCAUAUGUGUUUUGGUGCAGCUAACAAUGGAGCAGGGAGAAGAGCUCUUUGACAUGCGGGAGUACCAUGACAACAUGAGUGACAACCAGGUAGCUCAAUUGUAUGGGAUCUAGCUACAGUAGCUAAUGAACCUUGUAAAGUUGCUUUCUUUGUUGCCUCUUGUUGUUCUUUCAGCUAGCUAGCUAUUAGCCAAAACAAUGGGCUAGCUGCCCUGAUAGCUAACGACUCUUCAGCUGCUAAAGGUCUAUUCCUG